UCACGACCUGCCAUCGUUUGCCAAUAUUUUUAUAACAUUUUUACAAGUGCUGACGAAUUCUGCUGUAAUGAAAACAUCAACAUUCCAUUUUUUACGUUUUAAAAUACUAGGAAUUCGCUAUCAUUAAAUCAACAUUGGCCAGCUCUGCACGAGUGCGGGAUUUUCCGAUUUUUGGUGAGGAAUAUGGCACACCUUUGAAGCUGCGAUGAUUCCGAACAACAUUUUGGUCAACGUGGAGGAAAACAUUCGCAGCAAAGUCAGCUGGCGGAAUUUGGCUCCCGAAUUGCGGAAGGCUUUGAGCGAUAAUGAGAAGCGGUACGAAAAGCUUAUUCUUGAGUACAGCCUCAAGAACCAGCUGCGAUAUCGAGGCAAUUUAGUGUAUAACACGUUUGGGCAUGAAAAACUUUACUAUGAGAAAUUGAUUGAGGAGAAUAUUCGGGCGCUGCAUCUUUUUCCGUAUCAUCUGGCAGAUAUCGUGACCAAGGGCCUUCGGUUAACUCCUUUUAAUUAUUACACGGAUAUGCUAGUGUUUCUGCUGAACAACGAUAAGAACUACGAUUCGCUACCAAAUUUCACCGCAGCGGAUUGCCUACGGGUGGUUGGUGUUGGUCGCAAUGAGUAUCUGUCUAUUUCAAGCGACCUAAAGACCGGAUCGCCGAAGCUCUUUUUCAAGCGUAAUCCGUACUACCUGCUGCCAAAAUUUCCUCGUCGGAUCGUGAUCGAACCGUGGUGGAAGGUCGAAGUUGGUUAUGUGCUGGAAAGUGAUGUACAGUCUUUGAGCGCAGAAGAACUGGCCGUGAUUGAUCAGUUGAUUGAUUAUGGCGCGCAGACGGCCGGAGCGCUGCUGUAUGAGGUCGUGCACAGUUUGUACCGACGAGGUUUGAUUUAUCUCGAUGUGCCAAUUAGUGGUGAGGACAAGAUUAGCAUCCCGCCGUUGCAGAAUUUUGUGAUGAACCGGGUAUGUGGGGAUUAUUUCGAGAACUUACUGUACAACGUGUUUGUAACUGUUGAUGAGCAGUCGACUAUUGCGGAGCUUUCGCAAAUUCUUCAAGUACCAUUGGACACGGUAAAGCAAGCGACCUCACUCUUCUGUCGACUGAACUUCGCCCGUCGCAAACAGACCAAUUUUGUGAACAACGUUGAAUCGAACGAGAGCUGGAAAAAUGCGAAACGUGAUCUGGCACAGCAGCAGCAGCAACAUGCCGGUAGUACAAUUUUCAACUACCAUUCGCUUUUGCUUAGCCAAGAUUCGAUCGACAGCGAGCAGAGUGAUCGACCGGAUGAUUUCACCAUCGGCUCGCUGGACAGUCCAAGUCCGGCAGAUGACAGUCCGGUGGACCUGUCCACCUAUUCGGAUGUGAAAGCAGACGAUGCUCGAACGGCGACGGACGCUAAACGUGUCGGAUUUAUUUUUGAUUCGACGCUGACCGCAUUUCUUAUGAUGGGAAACCUUUCGCCGGGGCUAAAAACACACGCCGUCACCCUGUUCGAGGUCGGUAAGCUAUGCGACGAAGGGAUGAACGAUUUUCUUCGCGAGUUGGAGAAGGUUUCCAUCCUGGAUGCCGACGGAGAAGGUGAAGUUAGCCGCUACUUUCACCAUGCCAUAAUUUUACGAUCGACGAUCGUUGCACUGAAAAACGUCCUCAAUACAGAGUUAGAUUUGUUUCGCUUGGAGAGUCUGGAAGCGCUAGAUUUAAAGACUAGAACUCGUCUGCUAGAGAAGAAGUACAAAUUUCUGAUUGCCGCUGCACCACUGUCCGGUGUUCUGUCCACGCCAUUUACCAUUCCGUUCUUUGGUCAAUUCUACCGAACUUCGGCCAACUCUCAUAUUUGGACGAAACUUUUCUACUACCACAUGGGGGGCUAUGGGCCGCCUAGUUUGCUGCUCACCAAGGGAGCUGUCCUCACUCAUUUGCCUCGGUUGUUUCUCGGUUACGGGAAACUGCUCAUCACAAUCGUCCACACCGAAUCGUUUGUACUGAACUCGGAGAAGUUCGCCACGCUGAACGAACACCUGAAGAAUGGUUGCGUUCUGAUCCAGGGCUACGGGAUUAAACAGCCAGCUGAGACUCACUACGAAGUGUUCCCUUUUACUGAUUCACUUGAUGAUGGAGGACUCAGCAGAUGGAGUCAGCAUUCGGCGGUGCGGCGACUUGCUAAGGUGCUAGAUUUGCAGCGUAGCUUCGGUUAUCUGACGUUUAUUAGGACGGGUGUUCCGGAUUAUGGUUGCGAAAACUACGACGAGAAUGUUUGCUUGCUCCGAGAAAAAUCUAAAACUGACAAAGAGAGCAGCACCCAGACGGGAUUGAGGAAAGAUCAAACGAAACCGAAACCGGUUCGAUCGGAUACAAUCGGUUCGAUCACAUCAAUCGAAAGUGACGACGCUAGUUUGGUUGAGGACAUCCGACGAAUUCGUGAUAAUUCCGUUACGGAGGAGGUCUUAGUGGAAAUCGAGCAACGGGGUGAGAUCAGCCAGGAGUUGGUGCUAGAACUUGCAGAUGCUAGUCGGAAUGCGGAUUCCGAUACGGAAAUGCAGAGACGUCCUUCGGUCAACAAUAUGGAGGAAUGGACAUUGCUAGAUAUUCACUUUGGGAUCCCACUGUUUGAUGUCGAUUGCAACACUUCCAUUUGCCAAAAUAUUAUUAAAAAGCUUUGUUCGGAAGAGAACAUUUCAAACAUACUGGAAGUGAACUCGAAAAUGGAGCACAGAUACCUGAAGUUCAUCUCCCAAUGUUUGUACUUCCAGGACGAAAGUAUGGAGCUUGUGAAACCAGGCAAAUUCGUUCCAAAGCCACGGAUCAAUUUAGCCUUUGAGAAUGGAAAAAUCAUCAGCUGGAAUGGCAAGUGAAGAACGACGCUGCACGAAUGCACAGAAACACCAAAAGAAUUAAACACCCAAAACACCAAAUCAAAAACUAUCCCCUUUCCGGAGAAGCGAGGCGGAGAGCAGUUCCAAACAACAAAAAAAACAUUCAGUUCAAAUUCGAAAGCAUUCCAGCGUUUAGCGAGAAGAAUUUAGUUUUAAAGCCUUCAUCUAUUAAUAGCUUCGUUUAGCACGUAAAAUGUUGGCCUUCGUUUGUAUACGAAGCGAAUAGCUGUCUCCUCCCGAAGGAGCUUGGCCGGUGGUGGGUAGCGUGUCCGUACUAAACAAUACAGAGUCUAAUUUUAUCAAUUCGUGAUGCAUCAGAUACGAGUCAAAUCUUACCCUAGUGAGUUGUAUGUAAGGACGUAAAUAUAUGUAUUUCACUGCGAAAA